CAGCAAAACGAAAAGCCAAAUAAAGUCUGAAAGAAAUAAAAGCCAUCAAAACAUUCUGCAAGGACUAUUGUCACAAAUGGAUGAAAGUGCUAAGAGGCAGGACGAAGCAAAUCAGGAAAUAGGUGCGUCAAAAUGGUUGACGACUCUGCCAAUAAAAGAGUGUGGUUAUUACCUCACAAAGGAGCAGUUUUUCGACGCAUUAAGAAUUCGAUAUAACUGGGAAUUACCCAGGUUACCAUUUGAAUGUGCAUGUGGCUCAAAGUUUGAUCUUGCUCAUGCGUUAUCCUGCAAAAAGGGUGGGUUUGUCACACAACGUCAUAACGAAGUUCGUGAUAUAACUGCUCAGCUUUUGAAAGAAGUGUGUAAAGACGUACGAAUUGAACCGAUGCUUGCUCCACUACAAAACGAACGCUUUGACCAGAAAAGUGCGAUCACAUCCAAUGAAGCUCGAUUAGAUGUUAGCGCACUUUGUUUCUGGAUUCCUGGCCAACGGGUAUUCUGCGAUGUCAGGGUCUUUGACCUUAACGCCCAGAGGUAUAGGAACACAGAAAUCAAACGUUGCUAUGAAAGAAAUGAGCAAGAAAAGAAAAGGUUAUACAACGAAAGGGUUUUGCAGGUUGAAAAUGGUUCUUUUACACCUUUGGUGUUUUCUACACACGGUGGGUUAGGAAGAGAAUGCAAGAGAUUCUAUCAACGUCUUGCUGAGUUGAUAGCAGAUAAACGUGGUAUACCAACGUCUAUCGCUACGACGUUUGUCAGAACGAAAAUUUGCUUUUCGUUACUCCGAUCGACAUUGCUAUGCCUGCGUGGAUCAAGAUCAUUGCGGCGGUAUGUUAACAUAUCUGAUAUCGACAUGUCUUUGACCAACACACUUUUUUUUUUUUUUUUUUUUUUUAUUUCACAUUAUUUAUUGUCGAAAAUACAAUAAAAAUAGUCAUAUUUAAAAAAAACUGACUAACUAAAAUCGACUUCAUGUAACUAACAAAUAUAAAUUAAAAAUAAUAAAUAAACUAAAAAGAAUUUAACCUCAAAAGGUGAUCUUAUUUCUAUAUGUAUCCUAAAUUGUGAAUAUACAAUCUACA